AUGUCGUCGAACGUCCCGAUCUCGCAAUCGAGCAUCACGGCGCCCACGCCUCAGAACACUCCUCUGACCCACGCGCCGAUCUCGUCAGGGCUUUCGCGUCCAACAGUACCUGAUAUUUCUGAAGAUAACGAGCCUGCAGAAGAAUCGGAAGAUGCUGCCAUCCAAUCGGCCAUGUUAGGGCUGGUGCAAGGAAGAUUGGCCGGUCUGGUCGGCAAGAGCUCAGGUUACUUGGAGAGCCUGCCGGUGAAGACAAAGCGGAAUGUCGAGGCACUGAAAGGCGUACAGGUCAAACAGAACGAACUACAAAAUCAGUACAAACGCGAGUGCCUUGAGCUCGAGAAAAAGUACCUAGCCCUCGCUGUGCCAUUGUACGAGCGUCGGCACGCCAUCAUCUCAGGUACUUCUGAGCCCACGCCAGAGGAAAUUGAGGAAGGCGAAAAGCAGACUGCUAAGGAUGACGGCGAUGACUACACACCGCUUCCGAAAGACGCACCAGCAUCUGAGGAUGCGCCAGCUGGAAUCCCCGAGUUCUGGUUAACUGCACUGAGAAAUCACCCUGCUCUCUCGGAACUCAUUACCGAUCGAGAUGCUGGUGCCCUAAAGCACCUUACCGACAUCCGUAUCGAAUAUCUCCCCAGCGACAAGCCUGACUCCAAACCAGGCUUCAAACUGUUGUUCACCUUCAGCCCCAAUGAGUACUUCGACAACGAGGUCCUCGAGAAGACAUACGUCUACCAGGAAGAAGUGGGGUACUCUGGCGAUUUUGUCUACGAUCGUGCGAUCGGAACUGAGAUCAAGUGGAAAGACGACAAGGAUUUGACGAAAGAGUUCGAGAUCAAGAAGCAGCGGAACAAAAACACUAAUCGCACUCGAUUGAUCCGCAAAACACGACCAGCGGAGUCAUUCUUCAAUUUCUUCAGUCCUCCCGUGCCACCCUCCGACGAGGCCAUCGAAAACGGCGAUAUCGAGGAAGAGGACCUCGAAGAGAUGGAUGAGAAACUGGAAGUUGAUUACCAGAUUGGUGAAGACUUCAAAGAAAAGGCGCGUUUCAUCAUUCCCCGAGCCGUCGACUAUUUCACCGGAAAGGCUCUGGAGUAUGAAGUCAUGGAUUCGGAUGAUGAGUUUGAAGAUAUCGACGACGAGGAUGAGGAUGGUGAUGUAUUUGACGAUUCUGACGAUGAUGAUGACGACGGCCCUCCCGUCCCUCGCAGACGUGUCGCCGCGGCCGGCGGUGCUACUGAUGUCAAGCCCGACGAUUGCAAGCAGCAGUAA